AUGUCGCUUUCUGUGACCCGGCUGACCACGCCUGUGAAAAGUGCGAGAGGCAAGUUUGUGCUCGAACUGUAUACCACUGUCUGGCCUUCUGGUGGACCGCCUACUCCUCACAAUGCCAAGAUCUUCACGACGGACUCGGUGUUAGUUCCCUCCAGCGGUUACAUAUCUCCAGGGGAUGCGGACGAAGGCCUGGAUGAUAUCCCUGCCAGUGUAACCGACACAUCUAACGAGGACGUUGCGAUGAGUGCCGAGGAAGAUGAGCAAGCUGAGGAGGACAGCAUACGGCCCAUUCCGUUCAAGCGGAUAACACUGGAUUUUACGCCCCUGUCGUCCUAUAACACUUCUCUCAUAGGACUCCCUCCCCGACUUAUCGUGCGCUCCGAAUACGAGGAACUCACGACUUUCGCAGAAACAGUUAAUCGUCAUACCAUCCUCACCGGGCAACCUGGCGUCGGGAAAUCCUACGCACUCUAUUACCUCUUGGCUCGACGUCUUAGUUGUGGUCUCCCGACCAUAUUCGCCAAAUCAGACGACCAAUGGUACUUCUUUUGCGAUCUGGGGGUGUAUCUAUUGAAUCCCACCUAUCUCGAUGACCUCCUGGAGGAUUUCGCCCAGAUCCACGCAUCGGAUCCGGUUGGCGCAAGAGAGAUCUUACAGCGGCGCGCCAUCAUUCUAUUCGAUUCCAGGGCUGAAGAGCCGUUUCCCAGAAUCAGUGGACUUGCACAAUGGCGAUAUAUCGUCGCGUCGUCUUCGAACAGAAAGCGUUAUAAACAUUGGAUGAAGGAAAACGAAGCUCUAUUCUGGGUGAUGCGCACGUGGUCAUGGUCUGAGAUCUAUGCAGCCAGAGAAAUGCAGAAGGGUAAUAUUGCUACCGACGUCAACCAGCUUUGGACUGCGUUCACAAAAUUCUCGCACGCGGCACGUGUGGUCUACAAGAUUCCUACGCAAGUACGGCAGGACGCGGUUACCGACGCACUCUUUACCCUUUCACCACAGUUGUUGGCGUCAAUGAUGCGAUCUGCUGAAAGCGUCCACGCAGACAUCUCCAGUCAACUGGUUGAGGUCAACCCUUACAUCGGUUCAGACGGCCAAGUAAACAGGUCGCGAAUUAUCGAGAAUAUUGCUACAAGGUUCAUCCUAGUCCGGCUAGUCCGGCAGACCGCUAUUGUUCAGAACGUGGAACUUCGUCGGACAUUUGAAGCCCUGUAUGCCGAACCCGCAGGUCGAGCAUCCGCGGGAACGGUAUUCGAGCUUGCUGCCCAUGCAGUCAUGAUGCGCCAGUCUGAACGCGAAGUCAGAUCGUUAAUGAACGGUUCUAUCUCCACCAUCAUCUUCAAGCACGGAUCUGAUAUUGUGUUUGACACUGGCGGUCUUGACUGGAAUCAGACGGAGGAUGUACUACAGGGCCGUCUCUAUUGCAGGCCAGGAGUACUCAACUUUCCAGGGAUCGACUCUUUUACUGUUGUCGAUGGUUCCCCCGUCGUCUUCCAGAUGACAGUUGGACUCAGCCAUCCGGUGAAGAUAUCUGGUCUGGAGCACAUUUCAAGGUUAUUGGGUGCGACGAACAUCCGAUCGAAGAGGUGGUCGCUUGUUUUCAUCGUUCCAAAGGGCAAUGCAGGCAAUUUCACAACCCAGGCCAUGAACCCACCUCACAAGCGCAAGAACUGGGAACAUCGAGUGGAUCAGUAUGUGCUUGGAUUGGAUCACAAUGAGCUAUGGCCGACCACAGCUGUAUAA